AUGGCCGAAGUCGAAACCUCAACGCAACCUAUCUCGCUAUCCACAAUCGAUGCCUCUACUUCUCCCUCCAAAGAACCCUCUCAAGCUCUCACUACACAGGACGACGAUGCUAUCACUGAACCAGCACAGAAGAAGACCAAAUUAAUCCGACGUAAGCGUCGACCAGCCCGUCCCCAAGUCGACCCAUCAACCAUAACCUCUGAGCCUCCACCUCAGACAGGCACGAUCUUCAACAUCUGGUACAACAAAUGGUCCGGUGGCGAUCGCGAGGACGCCUAUCUCUCAAAAACCGCCGCGAAGAAUCGAUGUAACAUUAGCAAAGACAGUGGGUACACUCGCGCGGACAAAGCACCUGGUUCCUUUUUCUGCCUAUUCUUCGCCAGAGGAAUAUGCCCAAAGGGUCACGAGUGUCAAUAUCUGCAUCGACUUCCAACUUUGUUUGAUGUAUACAACCCAAACGUGGAUUGCUUUGGGAGAGACAAGUUCUCGGACUACAGGGAUGACAUGGGCGGAGUGGGCAGUUUCAUGAGACAGAAUCGAACGCUAUAUUGUGGCAGGAUACACGUCACAGACGAUAUCGAGGAAAUUGUUGCAAGACAUUUCGCGGAAUGGGGUCAGGUUGACCGAAUCAGGGUGCUUACCAGCCGAGGCGUAGCAUUCAUCACAUACACAAAUGAGGCCAACAGUCAGUUUGCGAAGGAAGCUAUGGCGAACCAGGCGCUAGAUCAUAACGAAAUUCUCAACGUGAGAUGGGCAACUGUGGAUCCAAAUCCACUAGCGCAGAAGCGCGAGGCUGCGAGGAUUGAAGAGCAAGCCGCAGAAGCUGUGCGACGGGCUUUACCUGCAGAUUUCGUGGCGGAACUAGAAGGGAGGGAAACGCCGGAUAUGAAGAGGAGAAGGUUGGUGGAAAGCGGAUUUGGUUUGGAUGGAUACGAAGCACCGGAUGAAGUAUGGCAUGCCAGGAGCAAGGAACUGGAAGAAGCCAAGAAGCAAGAGCAGAUCGGAGGAGUCGAAGAGAAGAUGAUGAUUGAGAGUGCACCAAUAAUGGAAUCACUCCGUCAGGAGCCAGGUGAAUCCGAGAAUGGUAAUGGGAUAUUUUCAAGCUCGACCAUUGCAAAGCUAAAGGUGUACACGGCUAACGGCACGCCAAGUACUGCAGCUACCUCGAGAGGGCCGAGCGGACCUCUAGUUGGAUACGGCAGCGAGGAGGAUAGCGACUGA